AUGGGCAGGUAUCCCGCCCUGCCUUGCGUAACAGAACAUCUGGGCAGCCAGCGGUCAGUUCUAGAGCACCUGGGCAGCCAGCGGUCAGUUCUAGAGCACCUGGGCAGCCAGCGGUCAGUUCUAGAGCACCUGGGCAGCCAGCGGUCAGUAACAGAACACCUGGGCAGUCAGCGGUCAGUUCUAGAGCACCUGGGCAGCCAGCGGUCAGUUCUAGAGCACCUGGGCAGUCAGCGGUCAGAUAGAACACCUGGGCAGCCAGCGGUCAGUUCUAGAGCACCUGGGCAGCCAGCGGUCAGUUCUAGAGCACCUGGGCAGCCAGCGGUCAGUAACAGAACACCUGGGCAGCCAGCGGUCAGUUCUAGAGCACCUGGGCAGCCAGCGGUCAGUUCUAGAGCACCUGGGCAGCCAGCGGUCAGUUCUAGAGCACCUGGGCAGCCAGCGGUCAGUUCUAGAGCACCUGGGCAGCCAGCGAUCAGAUAG